AUGACUGGAUCAUUUAGUGUAAAGCUAAAAACGAAGAAAGGUCAAUUCAUUGUUAAUGACCUAAACGAAAAUAUAACAAUAGCUGAACUUAAAAAACGGAUAUGUCAAGCUACGGAAAUUAAGCAACCACAAUUGCACGUUCUGGUGGGUUUUCCGCCGCGACCGCUGGACCUCAAUGAUGAGCAACGUAAUCUGCGCUCCAUUGGUAUCCAAAGUGGCGAGACGUUGAUUGUGGAAGAAAAGGUGGCGCCUGUAGUGGCGCCUGUAGUCGACCAUUCUGCAAUCAUGGAGGAUGACGAAGCGCUGGCGCGUCGUCUUCAAGCUGAGGAAGAUGCAGAGCAUUUGCGUCAGGUAACAACAAGCAAUACUGAACUGAACGCCCUUAGCACUGGCGCUCAGUCCAGCAACAGUAGGAGUGAGAACGCAACUGUGUCCGCGCCCACGGAAGCUGGGCCCAAUGGCGACUUCAAUGGGAUUCUGUUGAAGAAGGUUGUGCCAGCGGAUAACUCAUGUCUCUUUACGAGCAUACGCUUCGUGCUGAAUGGCAAAGUCGAUAACGAAGGCAGCGAAAUGAUGCGGCAUAUAAUCGCCCAGGAGGUAGCUGCCGAUCCACAGCAAUAUAAUGAUGCCGUCCUUGGUAAAUCGAAUGCCGAGUAUUGCGCCUGGAUACAAAAGGCGGACUCAUGGGGUGGUGCCAUUGAAGUAUCGAUUCUAUCUAAUUAUUAUGGCAUAGAAAUCGACGUUGUUGAUAUACAAAAUGCCAUUAUCAAUCGAUUUGGUGAAGAUAAGAACUUCGGGUUGCGAGUGUUCCUACUCUUCGAUGGCAUACACUAUGAUCCACUUUACAUGGAGACAUCACAAAGCGCCUCCCCAGCUACCAUCUUCCCUGUAGAGGAGCUGGGCGUUUACCAGCAAGCGGAGCAGCUGGCAAACGAAGCAAAGUCCUCGCGACAAUUUACAAAUGUCGAUAAGUUCAAUCUUCGCUGCUUACAGUGUGAUCUACUGCUUGUGGGCCAAACACAGGCCCAACAGCACGCCAAAGCUACGGGUCAUGCGAACUUUGGAGAAAUUUAAUACGUACUGAUUUUUGGCACCAUUUAUAUUUUGGCUUUUAUUCUGUUUGCUUAUUACAUACUCACCACGUAGAGUUUCGCAGCUAGAGCCAACUAUUUAUAUUUGAAAAUUAUUUAGCAAAAUUUACAAUUUACCAACUUUCGCAGAUAAUUUAUUUAAAACUUUACUCUCUACACAUCCAAGCCAUUGUUUUGAGUUUUUGGAUAAUAAAGUUUCAUUCAUUUAACUAGCAGCAACCAAA